UGUUCCGGUCCGACACUGAGUAGUUCUGCAAAUUGUUUCACACAUCUUUAGGUUUUAAGAGAAAUAAUUGCAAUCGAGACGACCUAAUUUACGUAGAAUAUUUAACAACAUGUGUAAUUUUUUUGUCGUCGAACUUGCCACUUAGAGUUUUCUUACCGUUGUUCAUUGAGAGAACUGUUCUGGGGGUAAGUGGAGUAAAGAACAAACUUAUGCAAAUCCUGAUUUCAAAAAAAGUGUGGGAUUAUUUUCAAAAUGAGUUUUAUACAAAUAAUAUACGAUGAAGAGGCCUCUGAUGACCUAUCUGCAGAAAAACUCCAAGACACUUCGACUUUAAUGUUGGAGGAUCUAAACGUAGUAAAUGACACUUCUGAUGACAAUACUGGACAAAAUUUACUUGUGAAUACUAAAAAUGUACUACAAGUUGAAGAAACACCAAAUAUAGUUGAAUGGACCAAGAAAGAGACAAAUUAUUUAUUGAAAAAGUAUAACAAAUAUAUAGUUUGUACCGGCCCUAAGAAGAGAUUUAGAACAAAAAGGGAAUUAUGGCAACUCGUUUCUCAAGAUAUUAAACUUGAAUUAAAAAUAAAUCGUUCAGCUGCUCAAUGCGAAAACAGAUAUAAAACAAUAUUAAGAAAAUGGAGGAAACAAGCGGGGCAAGAAUCUAACGAUGAUACAGAGACAGUCUUUACAAAUCAUAAUAAACCUUCUUCAUCUAGAAAUGAAACAAUAGAAAUUUCUAAUAAAAAAGACAAAUCUCUUGCGGAUGUCUUAUGGGAGAUUUUUAAACGGAAAGAGGAAGGUCGUGAGAGAAGACACAAAGAAAAAAUGGAACUCAUCAAAUCCCUAUUACAAAAUUUGGAUUAGUUUUUUAAUAAAUUGUUUUUUUUUAAUUAGUUUUUAUUUCCUAGGGUGUUCUGCAUUUUUUAGGUUGGCAUUAGAAAAAUGAGAGCGCAGGCGUUAUUUGGCGGCAAUAAACAUUAAAAUAAAUUGUAAAAGUGUAAUAAUUUAUCGUGUGCUUAUUGUUAGAAGUUAUUUCAUGUUAAAACUGAAAAUAUUUGCUCUUUUAGAAUGGAUUGACAGUUAUUCGGCUCUAAACUUGGGGAGUUUUUGGUAAAAUGGCAUCGGGAAUUCAUACAAUGUCGCCCCAAAAUAACAUAAACUUGAUCAGUGUGUACAGCAGCAAAGAAGAGUUCAAUCUGCACGAUUUUCACAAUUUUGAGGAAAACCACAAUUACCCCCAAUACAACUUCAGUCAAGAGUUUUACAAUUACGUGAAUGGAUCUGUAAUAAACAAGAUGCCAUUGAAUUUGAUCACCUCACACCAAAAAAUGGUCAAUUGCAAUAAUAACAUCCAAGUGAAAAGUUAUGAGCAACGAGGUACAAACUCUCCACAAGAGUGCGAAAGCGAUGAAAGCAGUAUAUCACAUUCACCUAAAGACGCCCCUGACAGUAAAGGAAUGAAGUUUAAACGUUCUGAGACGGCUAAAGAGACUGACCAAAGUGAAUUCUGCAACCAGACAUGUAUUUAUCAACCAAACUUGUAUCAACCAAAUGUACGUUGCAGCAGAACCAGCAAGUAUUAUUAUCGUGGAGGCCAGAAGAGAUUUUUUAACAAUUUGGAAGAAACUGAAAGAAAGGUACAUGGUUUGAUGCGCCGUUUUCAGUCAAGGGCUUAUAAAAUGAAAAUUGAUCCCAAACCACAAAUUUUGCUAAAUGGGGGCCCUUGGGACCCUCUGAAUCAAGCAAUAUGGGAUGUCUUCACUAACAAAAUACAAAAACAAGAAACUUACACAAGUAAACUCAACUUAUGGAAAGCAAUAUUUUUAUUUUUUAGGAUGUUAAAUAACUAUGGAUUGUAUUUAGUGGGGUCCACCAUGUCGGGCUUCGCUCUAGAAGGUAGCGACAUUGACAUUUGUCUUUUAACAAAACCCAUCAGUAACGAGCCAAGAAUUGAUUCGCUACACCAUUUGGAUUAUUUGCAACACGCUCUCUUAGAAAAUGGUCUGGCAAGCGAAGCUGAACUAAUUAUGGCGAAGGUACCGAUUUUAAAAUUCAAAAAUAAAGAAACCGGAUUUGAAAUUGAUUUGAAUUGUAAUAACAUCGUCGGAAUUCAAAAUACGCGACUCUUGUACUGUUAUGCCCAACUUGAUUGGAGAGUGCGACCUCUAGUGGUAAUGGUCAAGAUCUGGGCGCAAAAGAACAACAUUAAUGAUGCCAAAAAUAUGACCAUUUCAAGCUAUUCGUGGACGUUGAUGGUCAUACACUAUUUGCAAUGUGGGGUGUUUCCGGCGGUGCUCCCUUGCCUGCACAGCUUGUACCCCGAAGAGUUCAAUUUGCAGGAGAACCGGUCGUUGGACGUGCAAGGAGGAGUGGAAGGUUUGAAGGACUUUGAAUCUGAAAACACAAGAUGUCUUGGUGAUUUACUGAUCGGUUUUUUCCACUAUUACUCCUAUUUUAACUAUCAACAUUAUGCUAUUUCAGUACGUACCGGUUCACGCAUACCGAUUGAAAUCUGUAAACAGGUAAAAAGUCCUAAGAACGACCCUCACCAAUGGAAAUUUUUGUGUAUUGAGGAACCUUUCGAUCUCUCCAAUACUGCCAGAUCCGUGUUUGAUUUGGAAAUUUUCAAACAUAUCAAACAAGUGAUUUCGGCAUCGUAUAAAGAAUUGGCACGAAAUAAACAAUUGAGUAAUAUACUUCCAGUAACACUGGUCAAAGAUAAUUGAAUUGUUUAUAAAAAUUAUGAUGGGAUUUUGUGGCAAUAGUGGCCUUCUGAUACAUUCCGUAACUUUUUAAGCAGUUGAAUUUGAUCUAAGUAUAAGUUGUAGAAGUUUCUUCUUGAUAUGUUCCCGGUGUUGAAUCCGAUUUUUUUUCCUAGGGGAUAUUUAUUGUUGUUGUUAUUGUAAACUCUCUGUGAUUUUUUUUCGCUUUAUAUAGAAAAAAAAAUACCAAAAAAAAACAUAAAACAGCUGCCGCAAUGAAACAUUUUUAAAAACUCAUUGUGGUUGAAAAAAGUAUUAUUUUGUACAGGUUCGUGUUUAUUUUUAUACUUCGUUUGUAUAUUAUAUAAGUAAAUAACACUCUCUCAUAUUUUUACGCUUAAUGUUACGAGAGGUUAACUUAAUCGUGCUCGUAAUUUGGUAAAACAUACAUAUCAAAUACGGGUCUAGAGACUUAGCCUUUUUCGAAAAAAUUAAAAAAAUUAAAAAAAAAAACAAAAAGUGCAACGAUUACACAGUUUACCACCGUCUGAGAUACAAACCAAAAAUUAUUUGCCAUAAGUAAAAAUCACAAAGUCGAUGUUAAUUUUGAGACUUGAUAAAUAUUGUGAUUUAAUGUCUGAUCUCAGUACUACUUUAAAUGUAAUAGUCACAAUGUGCCAAAUGUUAAGUAAGGUUAAUUCUAAAAAACUUGUAAUUAGACAAUAUUUAACAUCGGAUACAAUAAUUGUAAACAAUAACUUGAAAAACUAUUUGUUUACGUAGGAAUUGUAGUUGAUCUUUAUCUUCAAGAACUGUGAACAUUUUCCACUAGUUGUUCAGUUCAAUCAAUAUAAUUCAUUUCAUAA